AUGAUGGAGCAGCCAGAUCAGUUCAUGCAACCGUCUCCUUGGCUCGACCGGCUCGGCUGUGUAACACAUCUCCAGGGCUUUGCCGAUAAGAAGGACUUUCUGCGUGGGCUCAUCUCUCUGGAUUUAGAUCUAAGUCCGGAAGGCUUGAAUGAAUCAUACGAUUUUAUCUAUCUUAUGGUCUUUAAAGUACUUGAUCAGUUAAUCUGGGAAGCCCAGGGGCUUAUCUAUCGGCAAGAGGUUCCUCUUAAUGCCAGAUUUGAGGUUGCAAGAUAUGAUAUAAACACGGCCAGCCGGAAACCAUUCAAUUUCCGUCACAAGCAAGAGACGAAGCGAAGGUAUGCGAGCAUACUCAAGCAGCUUAUCGUCUAUACUCUUCGUUGCCUCGACCUUGAAGAUCCAACCGAGAGGCCACCGUUUAAAGUCAGCCGUCAGCAACAGAAGGCAUACGAAGACCUGAUGGCAGUUGGUGAUGAAUUGGAAGACCAGUGGAAGGCGGCGCGAGGGCAAUUACCUGAUCAGGUACUUACGCAGCUGAUGGAAGGGCUAAAGCGAGAGACUUUGAGGUUAUUCAUGACCAUUCUUCGUCAGCAGACUAAAGACUCUGAACAUGAGAGCAUCAUGGUCUCUUUUCUCUCUGUCCUCAGCAUUGCACCGGAUGGGUCAUGGUACAGCUACGAUACGGUUACGCCGUGGCUCUCCGGACUUGUAUCUAUCUCUCGUCUACUCAUUCUAAGAGAGGCCCAUCUGAUCAGAUGGAAUGCCAUCGAAGCGGGCGUUGCCAGUGGUCUCAGCACCGAAGAAGCUGAGCUGAAUGCCCCGGGCAUCUUGAACCUUGUGGAACGCCGGACAUCACAAUGCAUGCUCAGCAGCACGCCAGGGGCCGAAGCCAUGGCGAUGCAGUAUGUAUUGCGACUUCGCAGUUACGGGAUAGCUGCCAAGGGUAAUACAGCGGCCCCCGGGUUUAUCAGCUGGGAUAACCUCGACCUUGUAUUCAAAGGUAACAGGCUUCCGCUGCCCAACCUAGCACAGCUGCUGCAGUCUUCUCUUAUCGCCGCCAGAAAAGUCUUAUUUCAGGGCCUUCUUUUUCAAAAGGACUAUUCUGUCCUUGAUGAGCAGCCAGUUACUAUCCCCGCUAUACCGUGGGGCAAGCUGCAGGAUAACGCAAACGACGAUGCGCUUGGCUAUUUUGUGGCCGAUAGUCUUUGCCAAGCAGCCGGCGAAAAGUCAAGGAUCUGGCUGAUCUUGCUCAUCUGGAACAGUCCCGAGCUGAGAGCCAAGUGGUAUUCAAAUUCCACCACAGCAAGCGCACCGCCAAGCAUCCCAGUCCUUUCCAGGUAUCUAGGACUAGUUGAUCAGUUACUCGAGCACUUGCUUUUUCUUAUCCAUCUCUCUGCCGGCCUACUCAAGUAUUACUAUAUGAAACGCACUGCGUUUCCAGUACCGUACUUAUGA